AUGAGGUGGGAGGUGGGCACGGAAGUGCCAGAGGACUCUGGGAACUCACAGCUCUCCUUGGUUGCUCCAGGAUUUGUGCGGCUGGUCGGAGGGGACAGCCCCUGCUCAGGAAUUCUGGAGGUCUACGACAGGGACCAGUGGAAAGCUGUCUGUCACUCCCACUUGGAUGACAAAGCUGUUGAGGUGGUGUGCAGGGAGCUGCAGUGUGGCACAGCCCUGUCUGUCCAUGGGGCAGCUCAGCUGGGAGAAGGGGCCGGUCCUGUCUGGGACAGAGAGCUGCAGUGUGUGGGGAAUGAAUCCACCAUCCUCUUCUGCCCCUGGGGGACCUCCAAGGACAAGGCCUGCACCCACAGCAAUGGCACUCAUGUCACCUGCACACAGUACACAGGGCUCAGGCUGGUGAACGGCAGCACAGCGUGUGAGGGCAGGGUGGAGGUCAACAUGCUGGGGACAUGGGGGACCCUCUGUGACUCCCGCUGGGACCUCUCGGACGCCCACGUUCUGUGUCGGCACCUCGGCUGUGGCUUUGCUGAGUCCAUUCCUGGAGGAGGGCUUUUUGGGAGAGGAACCGGCCCCGUCUGGAGAGACUCGUUCCACUGUGACGGGACUGAAGCCCACCUGGGGCAGUGCCCGGUGACUGCCCUGGGGGCCUCGCCGUGCUCCCAGGAGAACGCUGCUGCUGUCAUUUGCUCAGGCCUAACUCAACCCAUGCCCCUGCGGUUGGUGGGCGGAGGGAGCCGGUGCGACGGGCGCGUGGAGGUCUUCCAGCACGGGACGUGGGGCAGAGUCCUGGAUGAGCAGUGGGACAUGCAGGAGGCCAGCGUGGUGUGCCGGCAGCUGCAGUGCGGAGAGGCAGAGGCAGCCUACACCCCUGUGAGGGCCGAGCGAGGACGAGGACCUGUGGGGCUGCAUGGGAUGCGGUGUGCAGGCCACGAGGCUGACCUGAGCUUCUGCAACACCUCCCUGCCUGAGAGCACACCGGCAGCAGGGAUCAUGGAGGAUGUGGGGGUCGUGUGCCGGGGUGAGUGGUGCUGCACGUCCCACAGUUGA